GCUGAUUGUUGAUUGCUUCAUCUGGGAAUGCCUACUUUGUGUCUUGCUAUGCUUGCUUCCUGAUUGAGCAAAGUAAAUUAAAGGCCAUGUGUCUCUCUUCCCCUUUCACUCUGCUGCGCAGAGAGCGAGACACACCAGGAGAGGAGACACCCUCUGAGCCUGUCUCACCACCGCUGAAGUCAAGAUGCACCUGUGGUGUUGGCUGGCUCUGGUGGCUUUCAUCCCUGUGACCUCAAGCACGAGCCCCGGGGUGAAGGUCAAGAUAACAGAGAAAGGUCUUGAGUAUGGCAAACAGAUUGGGAUGGUGACGCUCCAGCAGAAACUCAAAGCCAUCAAAGUCCCCGAUAUUUCAGGGACCCAAAAAGUGGCUCCCAUUGGCAAGGUUCGGUACAGUUUGUCAAAGAUGCAAAUCAUGAAUCUGGGAUUACCAAAGUCUGCACUGACCCUGGCACCAGGAACUGGCGUCAGCUUGUCGAUCAGUAAUGCUUUCAUCAAUCUGCAUGGAAACUGGAAGGUCAAAUACAUGAACUUUAUAAAGGACAGCGGUUCUUUUGAUUUGAGUGUGAAUGGACUGACGAUCACCACGAGUAUUUCUGUCAAGAGUGAUGAGACGGGCCGGCCGGUGGUCAAUAGUGUCAACUGUGGGGCCACCGUUGGAAGCGCAAAGAUCAAAUUUCAUGGUGGGGCCAGCUGGCUUUACAACCUCUUCAGCAAAUUCAUUGACCAGGCCUUGCGCAAAGCACUGCAGAAACAGAUCUGCCCCCUGGUGGCUGAUGCAAUAUCUGAACUGAACCCUCAUCUGAAGACUCUCAAUGUUCUAGCCAAGGUGGACAAGUUAGCAGAAAUCGAGUACUCCAUGGUGUCAUCGCCAGUCAUCUCGAAAUCCUCCAUAGAUUUGAGCUUGAAGGGUGAAUUUUACAACAUUGGACAGCAUCAGGAGCCUCCGUUCUCCCCCAAGCCGUUCCCCAUGCCUCCCCAGGUGAACAACAUGUUGUACAUUGGCGUGUCUACCUUCACCAUCAACUCCGCAGCCUUUGUCUACAACAAAGCUGGAGCUCUCAGCCUGUUCAUUACUGAUGACAUGAUCCCACCAAGUUCUCCCAUCAGACUGAACACCAGGACAUUUGGAGCGUUUAUCCCACAGAUUGCCAAACGUUUCCCAGGUCUGAUGAUGAAACUGCUGGUGAAGACGGUGAAGGAUCCGGGCAUAACCCUCGAGGGCAACAACGUGACCGUCCAGACCACGAGCACAGUGACGGCCUACGCCAUCCAGCCCAACUCCACACUCACCCCUCUAUUUAUCCUCAAUGUGGACAUCAGUGUCAGCGCUCGAAUGUAUCUGACUGAAAUGAGGCUAGCUGGAGCUGUCGCCCUCAACACGAUGGACAUGAACCUGAGGACAAGUUACGUGGGAGACUUCCAGGUUAGACCCCUUCAAAACAUCUUCCAGAUAGUCCUGAAAGUGGCCGUGAUACCCAGGGUGAACGCUCAAUUUCAGAAGGGAUGUCCACUUCCUGCAAUUGGAAAGAUGAAGCUUGUGAACAGUCAGCUUCAAGUCCUGAAGGGCUACAUGUUGAUUGGGACAGAUGUUCAGUUCACAGGAUGAACGGCAGUUUCGGAAACUCCCAGGAUUCAUUUUUCGCUCCGGUGCAAGCCUCCAUCAAGGAACAAUCACAGCCAGGGAACAACUUUCUGACAGACACACAAAUUCCUAAAGCAGCACAAAUAUUACUUUUCCUACUAGCCUAAUACAUGCACAUGACAUUGUAUUAAAAAUGUGGGGUAUUAAUACAGAUGAUCCAUUUUUCAAUUUUUAUAUGAUUUUUCAUUUUGUUAAAUCUGUAAAUAUGAAAUCAGUUUUUUUUUACUUCAUGUGAGCUGUCAUGUGCUUGGAACUGUUCCUACAAUGUUACUGCAAUCCUGCGGUGACACAGAGGGCAUACUGCAGAACUGGAUAUGUUGUCACCACCAUCAUGCUUUUAUAAUAGGAUGCUCCGUGCAAAGUGGAUCACAGCACCUUCUGCUGCUGACUUUAGGCUAUUUCUCCAUAAUAGAAUCCUGUUUUUUUUUCUUCCCUUCUGUGCCACUGUACCAUUAGUAUUUCUGACUUUGAACCUAACAGGGCCAUUCUGCAAAUGUGCUGAUACAUAUCCUUUUUACUGCCGUUUGGGGGAUCAAAUAAAGUUAGAGUGUCAUAAA